AUGAAGCUGGAGUUCUAUGAAACUGAUAUUGGGCCCCGGGCCCUAGUCGACGUGGAGGAGGAAACCGGAGCCCUGUUAGGGCGGCUUCAGGGCGCGCUGAGAGGGCGCGCCUCCGCCGCCUCGCCAUCGCGCGUGGCCAGUUCCAUCAAGGGAUAUCUGACUAAUAAAGUCGGAUCUCUGCAGCUACGAGACUCAGCAUGGGGCGAGUCACUGCUGUCGCUGCCGAAGAGAUGGCUGAGCACUCAGGUCUACGGCAGCGAAGAGGACGACCUUCAAAAUUUGCAGCUAAAGAAGUUGCCAGUCCCGGACCUGCAGACGACCAUGGAUUCGUACCUGGAGUUCGCAGCCGUGAUCGCCAGCCCCCAGCAGGUGGAACACACCAAGGGAUUAGUGAGGGGAUUCAUGGAAGAGCUGGGUCCAAGGCUCCAGGAGGCGCUGAUGGAGCGGCAGGCUGAGAUGGAUAACUGGAUAACAGAUUGGUGGUUGGACGAUAUGUACCUGAAGGUGCGCGCCCCCCUGCCCAUCAACUCCAACCCUGGCAUGGUGUUUCCGCCCCGCCAUUUCGCCAAGAUGGAAGAAGUCGCUGACUUGGGAGCAUUGUUUAUUGACGAUCUGCUGGACUAUAAGGAGAUGCUAGAUAGGGGCGAACUCCCCCUGGAACGAGCCACCAGCCGCGAGAAAGGCCAGCCCCUGUGCAUGGAGCAGUUCUACCGCCUCCUGGGCGUCUGCCGCAUCCCAGGAGUGGGGAAGGAUGAACUGGUUUUACCCAGUUAUGACAACGAUGGCGCCGAGAAGGAGGAGCUGAUCAUUGUCGCUUGUAGAAACUAUUUCUAUCCAAUCCCGGUGAAGGCCGUAGACCGUGGCCGCCUCAACGCUGGAGAGAUUCAAGCUCAGAUACUCCACGCUAUGGUGGACGCCGCUGGAGCCCCACCAGCUCCCAGGGUAGGGCUCCUCACGUCCAUGAACAGGGACUCCUGGGCUAAAGCCAGGGAACAGCUCAUGAAAGAUGAGAACAACCGCACAAACCUCGAGCUGAUCUCCCGAGCUCUGUGCUUGCUGUGCAUCGACGAGGCCGGCGGCGACUGCGCCGGCGCCGACGGCGACACCAACGCGAUGCUGCGCGCCAUGCACGGGGCGGGCACUGCGCACCACUCCGCCAACCGCUGGUUCGACAAAACUGUGCAGCUGCUGAUAUCAUCAGACGGAACCCUCGGCCUGUGUUAUGAGCAUAGUCCAGCAGAGGGCGUAGCAGUGGUCCGCUUGGCGGAGCGGGUGCUGGCCAGAGCUGAAGUGUCAGAGAGGCCUGCACCCCCCUCGGUACUGCUGCCGGCGCCGCAAGCCAUGAAGUGGAAUGUGACAGCGGAUGUGCAGAGGACCAUUGAUGUGGCUGCUAGGGACCUUGAUCGAGCUAUAGCAGACUUGGACUACAAGGUGUAUACCUACCGCGGCUACGGGCGGGAGUUCAUGAAGUCCUGCCGCACAAGCCCCGACGUCUACAUCCAGCUGGCACUGCAGUAUGCGUAUUUCAAAAUGUACGGCUACCUGACUUCCACAUACGAAUCGGCUUCCCUCCGCCGUUUCCGCUCGGGCCGCGUGGACAACAUCCGCUCUGCGCACGCGCCGGCCAAGGCAUGGGCAGACGCCAUGUGCUCCGCAGAGGCACCGCACGCCGACGAUGACGGACAGAAAAAGGUGUCUUUUAAUUUAUACGGGACCCAAAAGAAACUGGAAUUAUUCGACGAGGCAGUUCGCAAGCAAACGGCCAUCAUGGAAGACAACAUCCUGGGGCGAGGCAUAGACAACCAUCUGCUGGGGCUCCGGGAGGCGGCCAGGGAGACCUUGGGCUACCUGCCGCAGCUGUUCACGGACCCCGUGUACCAGAUGAUGAUAGAGUACAAGCUGAGCACCAGUCAGGUGGCUACUACAACUGAAGGUACCAUCGUGGGGUACGGCCCCGUGGUCCCAGACGGGUACGGCUGCUGCUACAACCCCAAGAAGGACACCGUCAUCUUCUGCAUCGCUUCCUUCCAUUCCUCCAGCGUCACCAACACGGAGGCCUUCAGGCAAUUCCUCGAAGAAGCCUUGGACUCUAUGAAACUUAUGCUACAAAACAGGAAAGUCGACUAA